GUGACUAUACAAUUUUCGCUUCUUAGUCAAAUUCUCCCCCUUUCCACCUCCUUUCUUUCCAAUAUCCUCCUCCCUUCCGGGGUUUUCAUUUUUUUUUUUUUAACAAAGCCUCUCUUCUUCUCAUUGCAUGCAUAGCUUACCAUCUACACCUUUCUUGGUUAAUUUAUAUCUCUUUCUGCCAAACUACGUUCCAUCAUUUCCCCACUUUGUAGACUUGCUGUUUCUGUUCGUUUGCCCUGCUCCCACAUUUGGGUUUUUAUUUCUAGUUGCAAUUUGGAUCUUAACUUCUUCCAUGUUGUUUGCUUUUUGGCUCUUUGUUUUUGUGAAAAGCUACAAUUAUCUCCUGACAUGAUCUAGAAUUGCUCCAAUCUUUUUUUUUUCAAGUUUUAAAACCCCUCAACUAGGCAAAACUAUUACCGUUGAGCGCGUAUAGUUUUUCCACAUAUUUGGGUACAUUUGUUUUCAAUGGAAAAAACAAUGGAUUGGGAGCAAAGGACUCUUUUGAAUGAGCUGACACAGGGAAAAGAACUAACUAAUCUGCUCAGGAAGCAUCUCCAUCCGUCUUCAUCUCCUGAAACAUGCCAAGUCUUACUUGAGAAAAUCCUCCGUUCUUAUGAGAAAGCUCUUUCAAUGCUUAAUUGGAGGGGUUUUGCUUUUGAAACUAAACCCACGGGUAGCACGUUGGAAUCUCCUGCAGGUUCCAUUGCCAAUAGCAGCCCCGGAAGAGAGGGCUCUGAUAAAAAGGAUGUAUUUAAAAAGAGAAAAACAUCGUCCGGGUGGACCGAGCAAGUUAGGGUUUGCUCUGGGACGUCAUUAGAGGGGCCUCUUGAUGAUGGAUAUUGCUGGCGAAAAUAUGGGCAGAAAGAUAUUCUUGGAUCCAAUAAUCCAAGGGGAUAUUAUCGAUGCACUCAUCGUCACUCGCAAGGCUGUUUAGCCACUAAGCAAGUUCAAAGAUCAGACAGAGACCCUACAAUCUUUGAGGUGAAAUAUAGAGGAAGACAUACCUGUAACCGAGCCUCUCAUUUCGCUACCACGUCUGUACCAGUGACAAGAGCGUCCAAAGAGAAAGGUAAUCAUUCUCGAGAAAAGCAGCAACUUGAAGAGAAACAAAAACAAUCACAAGAGAUGUUUUUGAGUUUUGAAACAGGGCUCAAGGUUAAAACAGAGGACUUGGACAAUAGGGAGGACAUUUUUCCUUCAUUUUCUUUCCCUGUUGAAUCAGAAGUGGAAAAUGGCAUAUUUGUUUGUUCCCUAAUGGAAAAUGAUAUCAUGGGAAACCUUUCUGCGGCAUUUAUAUCUCCUGCGACAUCUGAAUCCAACUAUUUUUCAGUGUCACCGUGUCAAAUGGGCAGCUUUGGUUUAGGCCACAAUGUGCAGACUUCUGAAUCUGAUCUUACAGAGAUAAUCUCUGCACCAACUUCUGUUACUAAUUCGCCAAUUGGAGACCUGGAUAUCUCAUCACUUGAUAAGUUGGAAUUUGAUCCAACCUUCCCAUCUGAUAAUCUUGAAUUCUUCCCUUAAUAUGGUUUUCAAAUUUCCACCUCAUUAGGAGCAGAAGGAGAAAAGAAGAUAUAUGUAGUACACUAAUUUGUCAGAGUAAGCUCAGCCAGCAUUAGGAACGAGAUUGAGGAGUGUUCAUAUUAGCUGUGACCAGACAGCAAUGCAUCAGUCUCGAUCGGAGCUAAUCACGAGAAAUAUCAGUCUGAUUAGCAGCUCAACUCUUAGAAAUAAUCUGUUUUCCAAUUCAUUUGCUUUUAAUUAUUCAUUUACCUUUCUUAUUUCGGGGGGGUUUGAGAGUAUUUCUUGUAACGAAGUCACAGAAAAAAGAGUUGCAACCUUCCAUCCAUGUAAAAUUUUAUAAAUCUUCAAUUUACAUGUGAAUGUGAUAGUGAUGUUUUGUUGA